AUGGCUGCCGCAGUGAGCUUGUUCGCGUCCGUCGCAUUCGCGGCACAGGCCUAUGCCUUUGACUGGGGGUUCUCCGUCCCGAACACAUUCCCCAAUCUUACGGCCUGUGCUAGCCAGCCUCCCGUCUACUCGUGUGAGAACACGACGGCCAUUACUGACAGUUGCUGCACCCCAACCCCCGGCGGCCAAGUUCUCCAGACGCAGUUCUGGAGCACGUACACGGGCCUCGAAGACCAAGGUCAGUUGCUGCCAAAGGACAGCUGGACAAUUCACGGCCUCUGGCCGGACAACUGCGAUGGUUCAUACAAUCAGUAUUGCGACUUCUCCAGGCAAUACGACCCUGACCCGUCGCCGGCUGUGCUGCCCGAUGGGACGCCGGUCCCUCCGUACAAGGGCCCGUCGGUCGAGACGUUCAUACUCGCCUUCGAGAGGUUUGACCUGCUUGACUACAUGAACAAGUACUGGAUCAAUCAAGGCGCACCGAACGACGUCUUCUGGGCUCACGAGUUCUCCAAGCAUGCGACUUGCACGUCUACGUACGACGUGGCCUGUUAUGGCCCCGACUAUGUAGAACACCAGGACGUCAUCGACUUCUACCUCUCUGUGGUCCGCGCCUUCCAAAAGUACCCUACCUGGGAUAUGUUGGCUGCUUCUGGCAUUUUCCCCUCGAAUAAGACAACCUACAGCUUGAGCCAAAUUCAAAAUGCCCUUACGGCACAGACUGGGUCUAUCCCAUACUUCGGCUGUGGUGGAGAGGACGGUACAAUCCUGGAGGAAGUGUGGUACUUCAACCACGUUCUUGGGACGGAACAAUUCGGCCAGUUCAAGAGCAUCGACUCGACGACUGAGUCGUCCUGCAACACAACGGCGGGCAUUUGGUACUAUGAGAUUACUCCUACAUCCGUUCGAGAAGUGAGGACAGAGCCGUGCUCGGGUUUCUGA